CGCCCUCCCCCUGCAGUGAAGCUUUUGACCGUGGCAUUAAAUUUUAAUACCGAAAGUGUCUCCUCUUACGUUUGUCGUGGAAAUGGCCGGUGGGGCUGCUGAGGAAAUUCCUGCACUUAGUGUCGGGAGCGAUGUUCCGCCCGAAGAGAAAACGGAAGGCGAGGGUGAGAAAAAAGAAAAUGGCCUUAUUGAGCCGGAAACAGAGAAACCAGGCAGCAGCAUAGAGCUGAAAAUGGAAGAGGUGGACGCUGAGGUCGGUGAAGAGAAGCUCGCGACAGUGGCAGACAAGGCCGCGAAGGAGGUUGUAACGGACGACGUUGGUACGGCGGUGAACGAGGAUGCAACCACCGCUCCUGAAGAAGCAGAGCGAAGUCCAGAGUCUCAGCAAAGCCCUGGAGAUGGCAACAACGAACAUGUCAGCGAUAACACAAUUAAAGACGCUAAAGAGGAACCUGGAGACGAUAGCCGGUGUUCAGGAACGGACAGCGAGAAGAGCGCAACUGUUGGUGAAGACGGAGAGAAACCCAGCGCUGGAGGCGGGGAACUGGAUGACAAGAGGCGGCAGAGCGUGGAGGUCUCAUCCUCGGAUGGUGAACCGCUGAGUCGUAUGGACUCUGAAGACAGUAUCAGCAGUACCCUGAUGGAGAUGGAGAGUGUUGUGUCCAGCGGGCGCUCCACCCCUGCGAUGAUGAACGGUCAGAGUAGUGCCAGAUCUUCUGGUACCAAGACAAUGGCUUACCCCUGCUGCUGGGACCUUUGUCCACAAUACUUUAACUCUAGUCCUGAUCUGGCAGAGCAUAUCAGGGGAAUUCAUGUGGACGGACAGAGAGGAGGGGUGUUUGUAUGUCUCUGGAAGGGCUGUAAGGUGUAUAAUACACCAUCAACCAGUCAGAGUUGGCUCCAGAGACACAUGCUGACCCACAGUGGAGAUAAACCCUUCAAGUGUGUUGUUGGUGGCUGCAACGCCAGCUUUGCUUCCCAAGGAGGCCUAGCUCGCCAUGUCCCCAGUCAUUUCAGCCAGCAAGGCUCCUCUAAAAUGUCCAGCCAGGCCAAACUCAAGGAGGAGUCACCCUCCAAAGCUGGAAUUAACAAGAGGAAGAAACUCAAGAACAAACGCAGGUGCUCCCUACGUAUGUACCAAAAAGCAAAGCCACACGACUUCUUUGAUGUCCAAACCAUGGAUGCUAUUCGCCACAGGGCCAUUUGUCUCAACCUCGCCACCCACAUUGAAAGUGGGGGUAAUGGCCACAGUGUUGUCUUUCACAGUACGGUUCUUGCCAGAAGGAAAGAGGGAUCUGGCAAGGUGAAGGUACUCUUACACUGGACACCUGAAGAAAUACUACCUGAUGUUUGGGUGAAUGAAAGUGAGCGAUCUCAACUAAAGACUAAAGUGGUACACUUAUCCCAGUUACCACAGGACACAGCUAUGUUAUUAGACCCAAACAUCUACCGAGCACUUCCUCAAAAGCGGAUGAAGCAAAGCCUGUGAGAAGUCAUCUGUAAACUCGACACUUAAGGGAACAGUUCUCAUUUAUAGGAGGUUUAUCUUUAAGGCAUGAGGCCUUCUCCAUCUGUCUCCGCUGAACAAGGGGAGUGAGGUGGUUGUUAAAAGGAAGUGCAGCUGCUUAUUAGUAGUUCUUCCUUUUUUACGCUGUUAGUUGUCAUGAGUUAAAAAUUAUUCAUUACAAACUAAAAUGAAUGUGUGUCGUUUCUUUUUUUU